AAAUUUUUAUUUUGCAAUUAUACUUUUAUUUUAAAACACUCUUUUCUCUUUAAAAUCACUUAAACUUUCUUUCUUUGCAUAAUGUCUGAUAAACGUCUAGUCUUAAACAUCACUUCCGAAAGCAAGGAAUUUCGUUAUAAGCCGAAAUGUAAAAAUACUGGAGUUAAUACUCUUAUAAAUAUGCAAAACACUGAUUUUUAUAAUGCCUUUGGUUCGGAGGAUAAUGGUGCUCUGGAACCCAACACUUCGAAUCCCAUUUCAUCUAUACUUUUUGCUUCCAUUGAUAAAACCGGUCAAAAGUAUCCAAUACGUGCUGAAAAGUGCGUUGGCACGCAAAAUACUGCUGCUGAAUUUGGUACGGGAGAUACUGUCAUCACUUCUGGUAAAAUACUUGACGGCUCUUUAGAAGUUUGCUGCAGGUCUACUACGCUCCGUACUAGUAGCAGCGGCCUCCUCCAGGUAGGUUUAAAGGAAUUUAGUGAAAUUAAUGAAUCUCUUUUAUCAGCUGCUAAAUGUGAAGCAAAUACCGAUGAGGGUUGCAUCCAUUCUGAAUGCAUACCUUUCUUAAACAAUGCCAUGUCAGUAAUAAGUUCCUCAUUAGUUUUGUCUUCUACAACUCAAGAUUCAAAAUGUAAUGAAAGUAGUUUAACUCCUUCUACAUCCACAUGCUACCCAAGUUUUGAACAGAUUUAUUCUAAUGAAUCACAACCAUCAUCGGAGAAGUUGUCGCCUCUUAUUUUAGAUAUGAAUUCUGAUAUUUCUAGUACUCAGGCUGGAAAAGACAAUGGAAUCCUUUUAUCAACUCCAACUGCGGUUAAUUAUCCAAGUUUUGGAGAACUAUUGGCAGCUGACUACGAUAUCACAUUAGAGGACUUAGCAAUUCUUAAAGCUCAAGGUUCAGAAAACAGUGAAAGCUCUUUACCUUUUACUAUUUUAAAUUACCCAAGCUUUGAAGAGCUGUAUCCUGAUGAGAGCGAGUUUACAGAUGAAGAGUGUGCAUCCCCUUUGUUUGAUAAGAAUUUAGUUAACGAAGAUGAAGGGGCACCACCACGUAAAAAGUGAUAAAUUAACUUGAUAUAGAAAAAUGUUUUUUAAAGUUAUGGCUAUCGAAAUUAAACUACUUUGAUAUUGAUAAUAAACCAACAAAUAUUUUGUGCUUUAUACUUAAUAUAUUUUGUAACUAUAAUGGCUAAAACCGAUCUAUUUCAACUAA